UCUCUGUCGGCCACUUGUCUUCAAAGUCCUAAACCCCCACUCGCUCUCCCUCUCCCACGGGCACGGGGCACCGCCGUUCUCGAGAAGGAAGCACAAUGGAGGUGGAGAACGAGUGCCGCAUCUGCCGCUCGCCCGCCGCUCCGGGCCGCCCCCUGCGCCGUCCCUGCGCCUGCGACGGCAGCAUCCGCUUCGUGCACGACGACUGCCAGUUCCGGUGGCUCAACAUCCUCGGCCGGCUCCAGUGCGAUGUGUGCGGCCGCCAGAUCCAUAUCCGUCCCCUCUACGCAGAAGCGCCGUCGGCCUUGGAGCAGGUGGCGCGGGCGGCGAAGCUGCUCCUACCGCUUCUGUACCUUGCGAUGGCCGUCCAGGUCGUCUGGGAGUUCGCCGUGCCGCUCGCCGCCCUCCACACAUGGCGCCUCGCGCUCACCGGGAGCUGCGCCGAAGUUCGCCGUCUGUUCUUGGUCCGCCUCUUCGCCCCCUCCGUCCUAGCUUGCUCUGCCGUCUGGGCGGAAGGCGUGACUCGUGCCAGGUAUGGGGGAGACCUGCCUCCCUACGAACGCGUCGCGCUGAAAAUCCUUGGGCUUUCCCUAUCGGUGGUAAUGGGUGACAUGGCCCUUGCCUUUCUUUGUGCAUUUGUCCCUUUCACUCUGGGAAGGAUAAUCCUGUUAUGCAUGGAUGGAGUCUGCUACGCUUCAACAUCUUCUAUCCUUCAAGUCGGAUAUGGAUUUAUCUUGUCACUUGGUACAAUUUUUGCCGGGAUGCAUACUUUUCAUCAGUACUUGAGAGGCGAGCGCCUUGUGAUUGCAAAUUUCUUCAGCCUUGUGAUUGCAAAUUUCUUCAGAAGUCUACGUGAUAUAUUCUUCAGAGGGUUCAUGAAGUUAAUAACUGUUGCCAAUGUUUCACUUAAUCUCAUAAGCACAGCUAUUAUAUGCCCAUUGUUGUUUGCCUGGUCGCUUGACAUCUGCACUUCAAAGAUUUUUGGCACAACAAUGUCUGAGAGGUUCAGGCAUCUGUUUGCCUUCUCUUAUGGCUCUACUUCUCUCCAAUGGCUUAUUGGAUGCGCCUUUCUGGAUAUAGGAUCCAUAUUCUCAAGACUUCAUUCCAUGAUUUUGUGGCCAGAAGUUGGCUCCCAUUUUGCCCACCAGAACGUAAACAUUCGUCAACCAUUCUAUGAAUUUUAUAUGAAGAAGCUUACUGGUCUUUUUCUUGGCAUCACCCUAAUUGCUGUGGUCAUACUUGUUCCUACUCAAAUCGCUGGUCGAUUGGCACCUGGGUUGUUCCCAGUAGAUAUCACCUACUUUGGUUGCCCUACAACGCACACAUCGAUUUGGCCAGCACUUCAAAACUGUGCAGAUCCACUUUGUGGUGUUCUUCUAUUGAGAUUUCUCAUUAGCCAUACUCACACACUCGUAUACCUUCAAUGGUUAGUGAAGAAGGUUGUGCAGUAUACAGUUCACACUAGACAUGCUCUUGGCCUGUCAGCUUUGGUGGCUGUCUCGUCCAAUGGAGCUUCUGGACAUUAUGCUCGAAGCAGUGUCGCACCAAAAGACAAGCAUAGUAGCACAAAUGAUGCUAAGGAUAAAAGGAGAUCAGUUUCUGUUCAUACAAUCCUAAAUGUGGGGCUUGCAUGGUUGACUGUUGUAAUAUUCAGUUCAGCUGUGCUCAUUUUUCCAAUCUCAGUUGGGCGCGCCUCUUUGUUCGCCAUAAGUCGGCUGCCACUAGCAAGUGGAUUGAAAUCUAAUGAUCUGCUUGCUUUGGUUGUUGGAUUUGGCAUCAUAUCAACUGUUAUUGCCGCCUCUAGUGGUUCAUUUGCGUACUUGACUUCUGGGAGAACACACUCUCUAGCUUUGAGUCACUCUGUUAUUGUGUUUCUAUGGUUUGUCAUUGUUCCCAUCCUGAUCGGGUUGCUGGUUGAUUUAUCACUAAUAUCACCAUUCAUUGGGCCUAAUGAUGAAGCUCCAAUUCUAGAUCUUUUCCACACUUGGUUCCUGGGGUGGUUACUGCUUAAAGUCUGGGUGAAAUGGGUUCAUUGGCCCCUAACCCCGUUCCUGGCCUAUCUAACCAUCGAAUCACGGAGCUCGAGCCUUACUAGGGCGAAGGUGGGAUGGCCUCCUGGUGUGGUACCUUUGAGGUGGUUCCUCCGAGAUAUAUUUGUGCCCGUCGCCACGAGACUGCUUGCUGCUUUGGGUGUCCCCUAUGUGUUUGCCAAGGGUGUCUUCCCGAGAUUUGGUUACUCUACCGCCGCAAACUCAGCGGCAUACCGCCUUGCGUGGCUGGGUGGUGUUAGCUUCUGCACACUCUGCCGUCUCGCUAAGGUGUUCUGCGUUGGACUCUGCCAUCUCACCAAGGCGUUCUGCGUUGGACUCUGCCAUCACACCAAGGCGUUCUGCGUUGGACUCUGCCAUCUCACUAAGGCGUUCUAUGUUGGACUCUGCCAUCUCACCUAUGUGUUCUAUGUUGGAAUCUGCGAUUCUAUCAGGGGUGGUGACCCCAUCGUCAUUGGGCAGAGGCUGGAAGACGUCGCCGACGAUCUCUGAAGACCGCAAACUCUGUUUAGCUGGAAAAGUGUCUGGUGGUAUUAACAGUUUGUAUACGAACGUGAAGUAGUAUAUAAUAUAGACCACAUCGUUGAGAGGAAGGAUUUGGAUGAGACGGGAUAGACAUAUACAAUUUUCUGGUGGAACUUGCAAAUAUAUAUGGAUGCAGUUUUCAGCGUGCGAGUAUACAGAGGGUUGCCACUGCGGAGUAUACGUGUCGGUCAGUUCAUCUCUGAGCCAGAUUUAAUCGAUGUUUGUAAAUUGUUGUCCCUAUUACGGUGUUGUUACUAUUGUUGUAUGUAAACUAGAUGAUGAUGGCGUGCAUUGCCGUGCCUGUUCGUCUUUAGACUCGUCUUUAGGAGAGAAUAUAGAGAUGUUUCGAAAUACUGAAAAUAAAGACAUUUGGUAAACUCUAAACAAUUUGAAUUACAGUCAA